CCUACUUAAAAUCCCUGUGUAUCGUAAAUAAAGCGAUGUUUACACAUUUAAUAGUGAAUAACAAUUAAUGUUGUUAUAAAAAGUUUCAAAGAAUCGAUGGAGGUGAAUAUCGAAAUGUUAUCACCGUGCAUGCUUAUCAUAUCACACAUUCGGUCGAUUACGGCAGAUUACUUAACCUUAAUAUUAUUUAGCGGGAUGUUCGUGACCAGGAGAAAGUCAUAUUAAUAAUUGUUUAAAAAAACAAUUUAAAAUUAAUUAACCAAUCCACUAAGAAUUCCAAUAAGAAUGCUGUUGAAGCUAAUAAGAAUAAUGGAUUACUUAAAGGACCCUCAAUUAGUCGCAUUGAUUCAACAAUUUUUUGGUGUCAAAAUACAUUACAAUAGGCAUAAAAAAACAUUCCAAGAGGAAGAGAAAAAAUGUAACACAAAAGUCAACGAAAAUAAAGAAAAUUAUAUUUCAACUUGCCAUAAAAAGAUAAAUGAUUGUGAUGCAAACCAACGAUUGAAUGUAUACACAAAGCAAGUUAAUUCUUCGGAACAAAGAACAAUUGAAACGGACAAAGGAGUUUUGAUGGUAUCAAAUAAUCCAAAUUACACAAUCACUAAUUCAUUUUGGUAUUAUACAUUUGUGUUUGGAACUGAGUUAGGAGACGAGAUCUUUUAUUCAACUUUUCUACCUUUCUUGUUUUGGAAUAUUGAUGGAGCUGUUGGUCAAAGAGUAGUCUUAGUAUGGGGUAUUAUUAUGACAAUUGGGCAGAUACUAAAAGAUAUAAUAUGUUGGCCUAGACCAGCGUGUCCUCCAGUAGUCAGAUUACAAGAUAAAUGGUCACAAGAAUAUGGAAUGCCAUCCACUCAUGCUAUGGUUGGUUUGACAAUACCGUUUAGUGUAAUAUUAUUUACAAUGAACAAAUAUAUUUAUCCAUUUUCUGUCGGUUGCAUUAUCGCAUCUCUUUGGUGUACACUUGUCAGUAUGAGCAGAUUGUACCUAGGUAUGCAUACUGUGCUAGAUAUUGUGGUCGGAUUAGCGUUAACGAUCGCAUUAAUGAUUCCAUUGGUACCCUUAGUGGACAUAACAAGUCCUUAUAUUGUUACAAAUUUUUGGCUUUUAGCGAUGCUGAUUGCAAUCAGUAUUGCCAUUAUUGUAUAUUAUCCAUCCAACUCUAAGUGGACACCUACUAGAAGCGACACUGCCAUGGUUGUAUCAGUCACAACAGGAGUUCAUACAGGAGCAUGGCUCAAUUAUUAUACUGGUCUAUUAAGGGUAUCACAAUUUUUACCACCAUUUCAUAUCAUUUGGCCAACAUACUCCGUGCUUGGUCGUCUAAUUAUUAGAACUGCACUUGGCUUGUCUGGCAUUGUUGUAACAAAAACUUUCUGCAAAUCAUUCAGUUAUAUUAUAAUAUGUGGCAUAUUGCAAAUUAAUUGGAGGGAACUUAUAAAGUGUCAAGAUUACAAUAGUCAAAACAAGGUGUUCGUCGAUCUAGUCUAUAGAUAUGUAUUUUGUUUCAUGUUAGGUGUAAAUACAGUGUAUCUGUUGCCACAAAUUUUUAACAUUGUAGGUAUCGAACGACCAGCAUUCUACACGGAAAUAUGAAAAAUUUAGCGUGCAAUUUGUUGAUAAAUUUAUAUUGUUCUAUGAAAUAUAUUUGAAAUCUUGUUUGUUUAUUGAGCUUUUAUAAAGUUCCAGAAAGAUAAUUUAUUUUCAUUU